AUGGCGGACAUUGCGUCUCUCUCAUCAUCCCCAGUCGAAGCUCGAUCGCUAUCCUCGAUCACAUCCAUAGCUGCAAAUCCCCCCGCAUACCCGCGAAAUCCGACCCAGGCCAAAUUCGAUCGACUUGAAUUGUACAUUGUGAAGGUGCCCGGCAGUAAAGAUGUUGUGCUAACUCCACUAAAACCUCCAACCAAGUCCAACAUCUCAAUUGAAGCCAUUAACUCCUCGCUGUAUUACUUGCAUGUCGCCACUGAAGAAGAUGGAGAUAUUUUACGGUCUAUAGAGUCGGAGCAAAGGGAGCAUCCGCCUGAUGCUCCGGCAUCUCGUCUCCCGAACGAAACUAUCUCACGUCUGAAUGAUUUUCAUCGGAAGCCCGUAGGAGGACAGAAUGCUUCAAUAGCACAAUGUCCUCCUCCACCGCCACCCCACCUAGAAGGAAUCUCUGGCUUGGGUAAUGAACAGCUAUCCCACCUACAACCAACGAAUCAAGGCCGGUAUCAGGCCCAAUCCAUCAACGACGAAAACACGCCUAGCAAUAUUCGCAGAAAACCAACUGUCUCCGGUUCUCCAAUCACCCGGAAAAAGGCGAACAGUGUCUCAGGAAACUUCGCGAUACCUCGACGCCCUGUGUCAGCUUCAGGAAAUCCGACACCGAGUGUAUUUUCUUCCACCUCGACUGAGCAAACUACUUCACAUGUAGAGCAAAGACGUUCGUACGACGGGCCACGACCCAUACCCUCCAAUCCAAGUUCUCCUUUCCGCAUCACUCUGAUCCGUCGCGACGCAGCUUCCGGAAACCAAUGGAAUGUCGGCACUAUAUCCAGUUCAAGAGCGGAUAAGGGCGUCAUACAUGUCGAGAUAUCCAACCCAGGAUAUGGGAAAUUCAUGAAUAAUAUUCGCUUCUCCACGAAUACCACAGCCCACGAUCUAACCGGCGCGGCUACCGAAGGGCAGAAUGCGGCAGAUGUCUUAAAGAAGAUGGCACAAAAUAUGACGCAUGACGAUGGCGAUACCGGAAGAAGGGUAUUCUAUCGAGACAUCGUCCCUAUCAAGCAUGACUAUCACGGUCACUCGUUGUCAGAAGUACUCUUCAAUCGACACUCCGGGUCUACAGAGACUCCGAAAAUUACGCAAUAUGUAUCUUCCAAGGUCAAUCGAGGAUACUACUCGUUCCAAUCCCCGUGGGACGGUACUUGUUCGUUUGUGGCCAGCGUGAAUGGGGGAAGUCUCAAGUGCAAGCAUACAAUACCUGGUCCUGUAAUGAGUUCCGAGGCGGGUGUUAGUGGUAGCGGACAGAAUCCUGAAGUCACGGUUUCGGAGUUACGAUAUAACAUUCCUUUCGCUCUUGAACAGUCGUUUCGUCCUCCUUCAAUAUUGAAUGCGAAUGGUAACAGCAAAAGUCCGUCAGAAAGGGGAAAGGGUAAACGCGCAGCCUUGAGCCAACUGAUAACUACGAACAUACAAAAGGUCCAACAACAUGCUCGCUCCCGUUCACAAAGCGGAGUUUUUACCCCUAUCCUGGGAAGCACACGCAGCAGUGGAGAUGAACAGUCACCUGCAUCAGUAGCUCCUGCUGAUGAUGAAGAUCGACUCGACUUUUCGCUGGCAAGAGAGCUUGGCGGGGGUGGCAUGAGCGGGAAAAGCGCUAAGUUAGGCAAACUCAUCAUCGAAGAUGAAGGCAUAAAGAUGAUUGAUCUGGUAGUCGCAGCAUCGAUGGGUGUCUGGUGGCGUUCAACUUACCAGCCGUCAUAGGAUAGUAUUUUCUCCUGAAUGUUGGCUAUGUAGUUCAACUUUCUAUCUUUGAAUAUAUCUCUGAAAUAUAUGAGCAAUAGAAA